AUGGCCGAAAGCUCUGGAACGAAGUCUGUAGGCCUUGGCCGCUGCAGCUUCUCCCAGGCGCUUGCCGAUGCAGCAGAACAGGAGAGAACGCUUGCAGCAGCAGAAGUACCAAAGGCUUUACUUCCGUUUGGUGCUGGAUGCACAGCUAUUUUUGCUGCAGUGUGCGUGACGCUGAAGAUUUUUGAGGAAGACCCUGUCAAUAAAGUGGCAGCUCUUGGGAUUGGCUCUGGCUGGCCUGCCAAAACGGAAAGCCUCCCUGCACUGCUGGAUACGUUCUUUGCUCUUGCAUCGGUUGUUGGCGCCAUGGCCACCAAUGAUCAAGCCUUGCUGGUGAUCUCAAAGCUGCGACCACAGUUGCGCAACUCGGAGCAGGAGGAGGAUGAGGUGGACGAGGAGCCGCUUGAGUUGGAAGAUGGUGAUGUGGAGGUUGGAAGGAGAGCGCGAAUUGCACUGGCUUUUCUGAGCUUUACGGCAUGCUUUCUUCCGCUCACCCUGUUUGAGACCGGAUUUCCUGGAAGCUCUUUGGGUAUUGCAGCAGACGAAAUGGCGGUCAUUAUUUCUGCCAGCGCAGCGGCGCAAGCAGCCUUCAGUUUUCUCAUCGCAGAGAAGUUCUUUGCCGAUGCGGAGCGCCGGGUUGCAGCGCAGUCCCGACAAGCGGCUUUAUCCGAAUUGUUUUUCGCGCAGGCGCAAGCAGAUUCGGCCGUCCUGGGGGCAAACAGCGCCGUAAGCGCGACAAGCCUUGGGUUCGCAUCAGUGGCCGUUGAAUUUUCCAAAGCAUAUUCAGCUUUUGCGCUGUGGCCUGCAGUGCUCAGCACAUUGCGCUCAACAGCAAGUUCGCUGACAUCUCGUGCUGAAGCUGAUGCAGCCUGGCUCGAAAACCGAGCUUCGCAGCGCGCCUUGGGUGGCACUGCCGGGAGCAUGGACAGCGUGUCCGCUGCAGUACGUGAGUUCCGGCAACUGCAGCGCGAUUUUUCACUGGAUGAUUUCACGGAGUCGGUGCGCGGUGAGCUUCGCAAUCUCGAUGCAGACUGCAGGAAAGAUUUUCGUGGACUAUCAGCAGAGCAGCGGCGAAAAGUGCAUCUCGUUGCAGCAGAGCUUGGGAUGCUUUCCCAAUCCUUCGGUUUGUCCAGAGAUACCAGAUCUCGGAGUGUUCGGGUUACCAACAUCUUAUCUAACCGAGGAGCUCUCGUAGAUGAGAACCCAUCUCACGAAGGCGUUCUCAGUGACAUCAACUCCUUAGUGGGGACUCUGACAGAGGAAGCUUCGCAGAUCGAGAAAAGUUUGCAACAAAGAGGCCAAGAAGAGAAAGCCGUGGCGGCGCUUUUGAUUCUUCUGAGCACAGCCUCUCCAUGGUUAUUGGGCAGUGGUUCAGCUGAAUUGUACCUUCCCCUGGCCACCGGCACGGUUGGGCUGUGCACAGCCUGGCAAGAGACAGCGGGCAAAGGGGCAGUAGCCACAGCAAAACGGCAGAGCGCUUUCUUGUUAACACGAGAGGCUCGGGCUGAACUCUUCCUAGGCCGAGCGCAGAUUGCAUAUGCUGCCCUCCCAACAGACCUGGCAGUGGCAACUCUUGCGACAACUGCUACGGUUCUUGCAGUUGAGCUUCGGGCUGGCAGCAUUUUGAGCUUCACGGCGUUGUCAAUGGUCAUUCCAGCAAUGGCGGCUUGUUCAGUGGCAAUGCACCGACGCCGCAAAGUGGAAAGGUUCGUCGCUGCGAGCAUGAGAUGCGUUGAUGCAAGGCCGGCCUGCUCAAGCAAUACACCUUGGAAACAGAGAUGGUGGUUGUUGCCUGCCGUUUCUGCAUUAGUUGCUCCUUGCGACAUAUUCGGCAGUGUGACAGUCGCUUGCGCUGCGCUGUCAGCGGAGAUCGCACUAGCAAUGUCAGAUUGCUUGUCCUGCAUGGCCGAUGCAACAGGCCGGGAAGAAGUUGACUUUGCUUUCAAGUAUCGAGCCUGCCUUCUCGUUGCCACGCUGGUCGCCACUGCGCUGGUUGAAUUCUCGUUGCCUCUGUGCGCGCUGUUUCCUGCGCUGAGUGCGGCGGUACUUGUACGUUCAGUUCAGCUGAACAGGCAAGCCCAAACCGCUUCUGAAAAGUUGGAGCAGGAGUUUACAGAUAUGCAGGUCUUGAUGAAGGCAGAGCCAUGGGCAAGGCUGCGACGACUAUCUGGCCAAAGCAGCCGGAUAGGAUUGUUGCGAGAGUCUCGAGACGCCAGGCGGGCCUUCGAUCCCGGUGUGCUUACGAUUGCCUACUGGAGUAGCAAGCUGCGGCGAAGUUUUAUCAGGUUGAAAAACCUUUGGGAAGAUCGAGGCCCAGCUGAAGCGUACCAGCCAGCACCAGCCGAGCAGGCGGUACAAAGCAUCCAGCGAAACUUGCAGGAGUUUCGAACACUGACGAGGUUCAACUCCAGGACUUGGUUUCGCACCUUGUCCGUUGUUGGCCUCGUCGCCAUGGCUUCCGUGCUGCAGCCGUGGUUCCUGUUUUCCAGCAGUGAGGUGGUCUUGCCAGUCGCGGGGGCACUUUUGACCAUUUUCGUUGCAGCUUCGGAAAGCGAAGCUCGCCGGAGUGUUUCUGCCGCCAAAGUGAAGGCAGCGGACAUAAAGGCUGCAACAAGCACGAUGGAGGAGUUGUCAUCAUCUGCCAUGCAGUUCCGCUCGCGCCUGGUUGCUUGGGCCGGAGUCACGGCAGCUACCUGCGUCUUGUCUGUGAUCUCUAUCAAGCAUUGGCCAAUGGCAGCCAGGUAUGAGUGGCUUGGUUUUGCCCAGCAAUUCUGGAGGCUCCUACUCGUGAGCGCGCACGCAGGUGCAGCUAUGGCUAGCAUUGCGCCCGUCAAAGCCGUUUUGCUUUGGACGUCGCAGGUGAAACUGGACAUGCCAGCGUCGAGGAUGGUUAUGUCUCCAGCUCCACUGCAGCCUGGAGCUCUGUCCCGUGGCCAGCUUCCAAAGGGCAGCCGUUGGCUUGAUCUUGUGUGUGGAGGAGGCGCCUGGAUGUUGCAUCUUCUUGCCGGUGCUCCAGGCAUCUUGUUGGCGGUGUUUCCGUGUUCCAGGAGCUUCGAGCAAAGGACAAUAGCAUCAACGGCUGCAAGCAGCUUUGUGGUGGCUGCAAUGCUAUUUGUCGCAGAGCGGGCACUUUACCAAGCGGAGUUGCUCAUAGCUCGGAGGCGAACAACAUUCGCAUUAACAGACACCCUCGCAAACGAGGCUGAACAACAGAGUUCAUUGCUGCCAGUUGCUACCGCUGCCACCAUUGCAGUGUCUGCCGCUGUGACUUUUGGUGUUGAGCUGAACCCCUUCGCUGCUUCUGCAUUGGCCCUACUUCAGGCGAUAACUUGGGUCCUGGCGUCCAGGAAGGCCCUCGAAGCCAAGUUUGGAAGCGAUGCAGCAGUGCAGGUGGCCACAGUCACCGCGGGUCGAGGCUCAAGGCCAGGACGGCUCCCGGAGGAGACGUCUCAGAAGAAGUCUGGUCAGUGGCGAAGCUUUCUGAACGUACUGGCUUAG